AUCUUGCGUAUAGCUCCUAAAUAUUUCAUUGCUCACGUGACAAGAGGUGCUAUUCAUUUUUUUUUCAGCUCAAGCACUCGUUUUACCUUGCAUCUGACUCACCAGCGAUUAUUUCACUUUUCCACCCUGUAGGUGAAAAAUUCCAGAUUUUUGGUGGUAACGCUACGACUCCUCUUUUACAAACAAAAGCUUUAGAAAAAGAAAUUCCGAUUGGUGGAGUAUCUCCGUACUGGUUUAUUCAACAUCCCCACAUUCUCUUAAACAUACACUAUGGCCUCAUCCGUUCCUGGACCGAUUCAAUUGCCACAAGCCCGCUAUGAUCUCUCCACCUACUGGGGCAGAGUCAAACACUGUGCCGGGCUAACUGACCCUACUAUGUGCCUCAACACCACUGCUGACGUCGAAAAUGCGCGUGCUUUGGUUUCCCAAUACAAGAACGGUAAAAUUUCACAUAUGACCCCGGAGCUAUGGAGAGCCAAGAAGAUCUUGGACUCUACCAUCCACCCAGAUAACGGUGAAACCAUCUUCUUGCCGUUCAGAAUGUGCUGCAACGUGAUUUCCAAUUUGUUGAUCACCGCGGGUAUGUUGACCCCAAACAUGGGUGUGGUCGGUACUUUGUUCUGGCAAGUGGCCAACCAGUCGUUGAACGUCGCGGUCAACACGGCUAACUCCAACAAAUCUCAUCCAAUGACUACUCAGCAAAUCAUCACAAACUACACGAUGGCCGUCACUGCAUCCUGCUCCGUAGCUGUUGGACUCAACUCUAUUGUCCCGAGACUUACUAAAGUGUCUGCGAACACCAGAAUGAUCUUGGGGAGAUUGGUUCCGUUCGCCGCGGUGGUCAGUGCCGGUGUCGUCAACGUUUUUCUCAUGAGAGGAGAAGAAAUUAAGAAGGGGAUUACGGUUUUCGACUCUGAAGGUAACGAACAGGGUGUCUCCAAAACUGCUGCGUUGUAUGCCGUCGGUGAAACCGCCGCCAGUCGUGUCAUCAAUGCCACCCCGAUCAUGGUUGUUCCUCCGUUGGUCUUGGUCAAGUUGCAGAAAAUGGGCUUGAUGAGGACAAAGUCGAGAGUCAUCCAAACGCUAGCCACUUGCGGUAUUGUUGCUGCCACCGGUUUCGUUGCCUUACCGUUUGCCAUUGCUGUAUUCCCCCAAAGAGAAAGCAUGUCUGUGGAUAAGUUGGAACCGCAAUUCAGACGAUUAAAGAACCCACAGGGCGAGAGAAUCGAGACUCUUGAAUUCAACCGAGGUAUCUAGAGAACUAGUGGAACAGCUGACUAAACUUGUAUAUAAUAGAGACAUGUAUCUGUAUCUGGUGGUUUAGACCUUUUCAUUGCUUAUAGGCGACCUAAUUAGGCAAAGAACGUAGACGUGGCCUAUAAGCUAUGGC